ACGGAGCGCAGCAGAAUGAGUGUGUCGUUGGUGUUGCUCCUCAGCAUGGCGGUUGGCAUGGUGACGGUCAGCCCGGUGGUCGGCGUGGCGACACCCACGGCGACGCCCUUGGCAACGCCGGUGGCAACGGUCAGCCCUAUGGUCGGCGUGGUGACGCCGGUGGCGACGGUCAGCCCUAUGGUCGGCGUGCCGACGCCCGUGGCAACGCCCGUGGCAACACCUGUGGAAACACCUGUGGCAACGCACGUGGCGACCCAGCUCCUCUCGGCGAUGUACGGCAGCCUGUCGUCUCCAAACUUCCCUGAGCCGUACCCCCGGCACUCAGCGCUGCGCUGGAACAUCAGCGUCGCCCCCGGUUACAGGCUCCGCCUCUACUUCAGCCACUUCCACCUGGAGCCCUCCUACCUCUGCCAGUACGACUACGUCCAGGUAGAGGCUGAUGGGGAGGUCCUGGCCCUGUUCUGUGGUCUGGACCAGACUGAUACGGAGGACGUCCCGUCUCUGAAGAUCAUCUCGUCUCCCAGAAACUCUCUCAGCGUCUUCUUCUGCUCCGACUUCUCUGAUGAGGAGAGAUACACGGGCUUCCUGGCUCACUACAGCGCAGAGGAUGUGGAUGAGUGCAGUGAGCGGAGCGAUGAAGAACUCGUCUGCGAUCAUUUCUGUCACAACUUCAUCGGAGGAUACUACUGCUCCUGUCGCUAUGGUUACCUGCUGCACUCGGACAACCGCACCUGCACAGUGGAGUGCAGUGACGGUGUGUUCAGGGAACGCUCCGGUGUUCUGAGCAGCGUAGACUUCCCGUCUCCGUACCCAAAAAGCUCCGACUGUUCCUACCGGAUAGAAGUGGCGCCAGGCUUCAGGCUCCGCCUCCAGUUUGACCCUCGCUUUGAUGUGGAGGAUCACCCUGAAGUACUCUGUCCCUAUGACCACGUCAAGGUCUUGGCUGGCAGCAGUGAGUUCGGUCCGUUCUGUGGAGACCGAGCGCCGCCGGAGAUUCAGACGGACAGCAACGUGGUCACCGUGUUCUUCCACAGCGACAACUCAGGAGAGAACGCUGGCUGGAGCCUCCAAUACACAUCUAUAGGAAGUAAGUGUCCUGCACUUGAAACCCCGCCCAAUGCCAUGCUGAACCCCGUCCAAUCAGAAUACUCCUUCAAAGACCACGUCCUGUUCACCUGUUCACCUGGAUACAGGCUGCUGAAGGACGGAGAGACUCUGGAUCAUUACCAGUUGGACUGUCAGUCUGACGGCUCGUGGAGCAGCAGUCCUCCUCUCUGUUACAAAACAGACUCUGGGAGGAAGAGGCGGGCUCUGUCCACUAUCUUAACCAAUCACAGUCCAGAUUAGGCACAGAGUGAUUCUGAUUGGCUGAUAGAGUAACUCUAGGAACAGCCUAUACGUGUGUCUGUAGUU